AUGCGCUGGACGGUCGGGUCCCUCGGUGUCCUCUGGGCUGCUUGGGUCACUGCAGAGACGCCCAGCGAAGCGACGGAGCAGAGGCGCCUGCAGAUCUUCGACCCUUUCGUAACAUCCACUUUUCCAGUAGGUACUGGCAUCACUGUGCAUUUAUCAGGCAGUAAAACAGCUUCUGGAGUUGACAGUGGACAGCUGGACCUGCUGGUGGGUGAAGUCCUUUUUGGACUCUCUUUGGAUCUGCCCCUGGGCUACUACUUCAACGUUCAUCAAGCGCGUGUGCGCAUUGUUUUUGCUUAUCUCACCCAAAACGAAGCGAGAAGUGGUGAAUGUGCUCCCGAUCAACUCGGGCCUGUGAGUGACCAAGUGGUCCAAGCUCCGCUCUCUUCGCGAUAUGGGGCCCCGGCAGAGCAAGGGCUCGGGACCUCCAGCUUGCAGGUAAUGCUCUCGGGCGGUGCGACCUUCGUCCAAGACGGGGACUAUCGCUUGUGUUUCAGUGACGACGGUUCUUUUGCUUCUGGCCAUGCAGAUUUGCUGAACGUGCUCAUCCGAGUCCAGGCCUAUGUGACGAGUCGCCUCCCUGCGGGGAGUGGCUUGACGGUGUUCUUCGAGAACGGCCAGAUGCAGAGUGCAGAGGAUGGGGAGAGCAUCAUAUUGAGUGCCGGGCAGCCGAUCACGGGCAUCUCCCUCCAUUUGCCGCUCUUGUCCAUCUUUGAUGCCUCGAGCUUACGCUUGAAAGCCAUCAACGCCUCCGUCACCAGGGACGAAGCCGUCGACGGCGCCUGUGCGGCGGGCAGUGCGUGGGAACUGCCGACCGAAGUGGUGGACGUCCCGCUGUCGGCCUCCUUGGGAGUCGAGACCUUGCACUCCCAGGGCACGCGCUUCGCGAACACCUCCUUGUCGGUGCCCAUCCACUUUAACUCAGCGGGGCAAGCCAGGCUUUGCUACUCCGAUGACGGGAGCUUCUCGACGAACCACGUGGACCUCAUCAGCGUCUUGAUCACCGCGGAGGGGAUCUUCAGCUCUUGCGAGGUGGCAGGAUGCCAAGCUGCACGGACCUUCCGCUGCUAUGCGCUGCUGGGCAUCUCUGCUGAGGUGGGCAGCUGCGUGUUGCCCAUCGAGGGGGUCGGCUAUAGCUCCAGUGGCUAUGUCUCCUGGUCGGCUCAGGUGGAUGCGCUCUACAGUGGGAAUGGUGAGCCAUUGCCCUUUGACGUGCCGCGUUGUGGACAAUUCCCAGCCGAUCCUGGCGCCUUCUGUGUGGGCGACUGUGCAGGCAAUCGUUCCUUUCCGCUGAGCUCCUCCAACAGCGUGACCAUGCCGCCCAGCGGUCCGCUCACCGCGUCGCGAGACGCCCGCACCACGGCGGUGUGCUACUGCACGGACGUGGUGGGAUGCGAUCUUCCAACAGGGCAAAGCAACUUCUUCCAAGCGAUUGGUCUUGUUCAACUGUUUACCGCUUCCGUGAUGCCCAUUGGAGAGUUUGCCUGCACGACCUCUUCCUCUGGGGUUUUGGCCUCUAUCCCCUUUGGUGCUUGUGUCUUUUGCCCUCCAGGCGGCUGCCCCUUCGAAGGUGCUGCGCGGAUCCUCUUUGCACGACAGCCGGAACCGUGGAACACCCAGACGUUACCCGCUUGGCACCCGCAACAUCGCUGUCGCCAUGCGGUACACGAGAGCUUCCUAUUACCAGCAGCUGCAGAGGCAUCCCAGUUGGAUGGCGGUCCUCGCUCAGAGCUGAAGCGCUUCCGGCCCACCGAAGGCUACACACUGCCGAAUUGGCCGACCUUUGUGCCUCGGGGGAACUGGCUGGACAUUUGCUUCAACCCCGACAUCAACAGUGAUCCCAGCGGUUGGUUCAAGGUGGGCGAAGUGGCCGUCCUGGAUGCCUCGUUGGCCUCUUCCUCCACGGUGCCGAGUCACAGCGCCUCGCCGCCCCCGAAGCAGGUGGGUCAAAUGGGGCAGAUCUCCAUGUCCAGGUCUUUGCUGCCCUACCGGAACCCUUCCAAUGUGGUGGGCCUCAACGUGGGCGGUGGCAUCCGCCUUGCAACCCUCGUCAUCACCGAAGACAGCUCCACCAGAGAAGCCUGCCAGAAGAGUCGCCCCACAGAGGUCAACGGGCUCACGCGUGCGGACGCGAGCGCCUAUGGAGGCACCGUCCGCGGAGAGCGCGUGGUCUUCGACGGAGGGGAAGUGGGAAAGAGCAUCUCCUUCCCCACCGUGGCGACGGUGGUGGUUUGCUACUGCCCCAACUUGGGCGGCUUGGAUGAGUUCGGCGAGCAAGUCUGCCUGGGAAGUCCCUACUGGGUGCCCGUAGGGGCGAUCGUCAUCGCAGGGCCGUUGCCAAAUCAGUAUUGGCUCCUGCCCACCAUGAAGAUCUUCCGAUUUGAAUACCUGGGUGUGAACCUGGAAGAUGGCGACAUGCUGCGCUUGGUCUUGGAAUCCCAAAGCUGUUCCGCCUUUACCACUCCGGAGCGCAUGUGCUUGCAGCCGAACGAGGAUCCCAUGAAUGGGCACCCCUUGUGCGGUAGCACGCGGUUAACAGCGAACUCCGGCCUCAUGCGCACAACCACGCUAGCCUCUACUCGCAUCGCUUGCGACGAGCUGAACGGGAAUUGUCAGUCUGUGCCCUUGAGCUCUGUGGAGACCACCUCCACGGGUUUGCGGCUCACCUUUGCAGGAAGUACCUCCUCUGGAGGUGGUCUGGGCGAGUUGGGCCUUCGUAGUGGCGAUGUGCUGGUGCUGGGCGCUGGCGUUCAGUGUGGUGCCAACUGCUCUCAGCCCAUGUUAGACAUGGCCAAAGGCUUCCUAGGCUUUCAAGGUCUUGAGAGCUAUUUGCCCUUGGACGAUGGAUCUUUGCAGACGGCCCUGGACGUGGUAGGUUCUCGCACGGCGAGCUACAUAGGCGCAGUGAUCAAAAAGAAAGAGGACAUCCAUGUGCAGAUCUGCGAAUUUCAAGAUGUGCAGAUCGUCUCCCGGGGGGGCGCUCCUAUGGAGGCCUCACAAGCCUGGACGUUGGUGCUUUGGGUCCGGAUCGAGAAGGCUGGCUGGUACACGAUUUGUGGCGUGGCGGACUCGGACGGUGUGCUGGAGAAUGGCGAGGUGGAGAUAGGUUUGGCUUCCGCUCCCUGGGCUGAGGGCGCCCCCUUUUUGCGGCAGGAAGGCGGCCCUGGCGCCGGCGAGCAGGCCAUCACAGGCUCUGCCUCCAGCGGCGUUUGGACGCACGUGGCAGUGGUCUAUGGUGGCAGCAUGAGCGGAACCUUGCGCUUCUACUUGGAGGGUGCCUUAGUUUAUGAGCGCCUUGACGUGAAUCUGAACCUGGCCUCGCUCCCUCUGCAGUGCGCGGGCCGCGUCUCCGCCUUCGAAGGCAACGCUUCUGAUGGAUACAUGGACUUGGAUGAGAUCCGCUGGUACAAUGUGCCCUUGAGUUCUGAGGACGUCGCGGCACUCUUCAACGCUGCGGACGGCGGAGUCUUGGAUGCCCAGCAGGCACCUGGUGCACCCAUUGGCAUCGCGGUGGAGGCGACUGAGAACCCAAGCGUCUUCACCGUGCAGCAGGGCAGCUUUGCCGCCGCCCCGGUGCCACCGCAGUUCAUCACCAGCGGCGGCCAGUGGAGGAGAAGCAACCGAGGCGUGAUCCGCGGGGAGUUGAUGAGCAGCAUGGAGCGGAGGUUGAAGCUGUGCUGGGAGCGCGGCAAUCGCGCGGCGGACGCCGGCAUCGUGGAGUUUGUGGCGCAAAGCAGUAUGACCGAGCUGGGCAUUUGGCCGACGCAGCGGGAAUGGUCCAAGUCGUCUCCUUUCAUCCUCACCUUCAAGACAGGAAGCGCUGAAGCAACGCCUGGCAUUCGCUACACACAGGCCGAAGGGCACAUGAGCCUCUCCAUCACCUAUCUGAACCAGGCGGCGAUCCGGCACAUGGGCAGCAGCGCACAGGGGCCCUUUGUGAGCUCCUUCAACCUUGAGAGUGACGAAUGGGACGAGGCCAGCCAGAGCACCUGUGGCAUCAUCUUCCGGGAGUUGUGGAGCAGCGAUCCAGCCAGGGGCUUUCCUCUUCCCUUGGGCUGCUUCUAUCGCAGCCUCACCACGGACAUGCGCGAGAUUGUGGUGAUCUUUGAGAAACGGAAUGGGCUCUCCCCGGACACGUCAUACCAGAUUGUGAUGAAUGCUGCGACCACCAACGAGAUGGUGGCGAACCAGGAGGACCAGAAACCCGAAGUGCGACGCUUCGCCGCCGAGACCGUGCUCAGUCAGACCGAGGACCCCGACUUCCUGGACUUCUGCAAGCGGGAACCGCGGAGGUGCGCUCGCCCGCUGCUGCGCCUGGCGGAGAAGGCCGAGCAGGACAGUGCGGAAGCUGCGGCAGCGGCCGGGGGCUACAGCAGCGGACAAGAGAAGAGUGAGAAAGUGGCGGCCAUCCAGGCCGCCUCGAACCUCGCCGCUGGCGUCCAUGCGCUGAAGUGCUUGGUGAACCUCUCGGCAGUGCCGGCGGUCGCCGAGGAGCUGGUCUCCUUGAACGCGCCAAAGCGGCUGACUGAAGCCUUACGUGCAGGGUGGUUGGAGGGACGAGCACAGAUGGCCCACUGGUACUCCAUGCUCUUGGCCAAUGUCUCCACCUGCAAGAAGGGUCAGGAGGCACUCUGCGCGGACGAGGGCAUGUUGAAGUUUCUCGUGGCCGCCUAUCUCACGACACCUCGAUUGCCCGCACGCGAUGGCUAUGAGGAUCCUUUGCUCUGGCUUGGUGCCGUCUUGGUGAAUGUCCUGGUGCUGCCCGAAGGCCGCAAGCUCUUGGCCAUCGGGAAGAGCCAGGAGUUGGAGAUGCUCUUCGGUGAGAUGUCCGACCGGAGCCGGCGCGCGGACAUGGUGAAUGCCGCCAAGAAUGUAUGUUUAGACAUGGACUGCCAUGAGGCGCUCGUAGCUACUGACCUGAUGCUACAUAUGGCAAGGUUCCUUUGUCCUUGGGACACCAUGGACACGGAGCAUCGCUCCGCUCUGCCGAGCGUUUUGCGCGAGUCUUUGGAGAAGGAGGGUGCAGCCCUCACAGGCGAUUUGGUGGUGCGGUCUGCUGCAGCUGUGUGCUGUAUAGGCCUUUGUCGCUCUCUCGCGGGACGCGAGUAUUUGCGCACCUUUGUGCAGGUCUUUCGUUCUUGGAAAGAAGCAGAGCCCGAUGCCACGGUGAAGGACAACCUCGUGUGGAAGGGGUUGUUCUUCAUCAGCUCCAAUGAUGACCACGAGGGCUACCGGUAUUCCGCCUUGGAGGUGGGCAAGGUCUUUUCGAAUGCGGACUACCUUUAUCAGUUGGGCAAAGCUCUCAGAUCGGUCGAGGGUGCUGGCAACAACGAUCCGCAGUUUGCAGUGGACGUGGGUUUGGAGAUUGUGGGAGGAGAUGAGACCACGAAUUUGGUCACGCUUCAGGAUGGAUCCACACGACUGCAGCUUCAGAUGAUGGGCGGUCAAUACUCCACGGCGAAGAUUUCCAGAGGCAAUCUGCUGAGUAUUUGGCUGGAGCCGUUGACCGCCUGGCAAUUGCCCACCAGCUGUGGGGAUCGCACCGAUCUCAGUGUCGAAGCCGGGAGCAUGCGGAUCCACUGCUUCGUGAUCUUUGGCACCUUUCGCCGCUGUGGGGAAGUGGUGAACUGUGCCGGGAAGCCGGUGGUUCCCUUCGCCACGCAGAUUCCCUGGAUUGAAGUUGAGAUGCCGCCGAACAUGAACGAUCUCUUUGGGCCUUUGAUCUAUGAGAUGGACAUCUACAGCCUCAAGUUGCCCUCAUCCGGUGCUUUGCCACACCGGCUCAUGGUGCAAAUCAUGAAGGAUGAUUCCACGAAGCCCCACUUCAGGGUGGCCACCGGGCGUUUCUACAACGCGCCAACGCGAGAGUUCGCCACCAUUGGGAGAGUACUCACGAGUCCACAGAAUGGCCUGGAGCCCUUUGAGGGAGUUCCGACCCAUGUGCUCUACGUCAUGUUGCAGCUGGCGGUACCUCUCCGUGGUUUCGAUCGCACUCAGCCACCACCAAACGUGCGGCCGGACUCCUCCUUUGUGAUCCAAGCGCCGCCGGGCUUUCGGAUGCUGGAAGCUGUCCCGGUGAUUCACGAAGGCAGUGGUCUCGGAAAGGUCACACUCUCCGACGAAGGCGAUGCAGUCUCUCGCCUCAACGAGACGCGGCAACCCGCGCCCACGGGCUUUGGCACGCCAGAUCUCAGCGGAUGGAGUUUCUUGGGUCGAGAGGCAACCUAUAAGCUCUUGGACCGGAGUUUGAUCCCUGCCAUGACCUCACUGGUGAUGGGUCUUCGAGUUUACCCUGGAAACACAAGCCUGCCCAUCACCAACACGCUGAACCUUUGGUCAGUGCAGGUCUUUUCUCCUGGAGAUCACAAUGACACUGUGGUGAACUUCAGCGCCAAGUUCUACCGGACGGGCCUGGGCGGCGUGCCGGUGUUGGGGCGCUUGCAAAACGCUCUGAUCCAACCAGUCGACCCAAUGGUCUCCAGCGCGGUUCCCAUCAUCCAACCGUUGUCCAUCUUCUUCCGCGCGGUGGAGGAUGUCCCGGCCGGCGGGUCGGUCGACGUGGAGUCAAGUGGUUGGCAGCUGAUGGUGAGCCAAGAGCUUCAAAACUGGGGUGACGGGGAGAUGCCGGCGAUCUCCUCGUCCGUGAUGGCCAUGAUCUCCGCGCCACCCUUGCGCUGGCUGUUUUGGAAGAAAACCGGAGAAGAGCUGGAGAAAGGUCUGGAGAAGGUCCAAGCGGUCUAUGGCCAAGACGGCCCGAAAUUCUUGCACUUCACCUGUCACCCAAUCAAGAGGAGGUGUGGCUUUACCUUUUUCGAGAGAGGCAAGGCCUAUACAAGCCUUGCUCAAUUCCUGGGAAACUUGGUGUACAUGCCUGUGCUGCUGGAUUGGUACGGACACUUCCUCGGAGAUUCUCCAAGGCUUUAUGUCUUCCUCUUCCCGGUGAAUAUUUGGCUCUUGGAGAUCGCACAGGGCUUGGCCAUCCAAUGGAUUUUCGGCCAGAAUGUGGCCUGGUGCUAUGCUGACUACGCGGAUGAGCUUCUCACCUUCAUUCGUCUUGGCCAUGCCAUUUGUUCCUUCCCAACUCGAAAGGCUGCCUCUGUCUUUGACUUCGGAGACCCCUGUGCAGCCAUUGACCUUGAUGCUGGGCUCGGAGACUCAGAGAUUGGCAGGUUGAAAGGUGGUUGA